AUGACCGAGGCGCUCGAACAUCAAGUUCAAUUGCUCCGGCAAAUCGACCGGUCGCUCGAUAACUUUAAAAAGAUCGGUAAAAACAAUUACACUGCCGCGAAAAUCCGAAAUAGACUCAGUGCUUUGAAGGAGUUGUGGGCGCAAGUUCAAACAGGCCACGCCAAGCUACGGUGCACGGUGUCGAUGGAAAGUCAGAAGACCAUCGAAUACUUCAAGGACAAUCAUUUCGAGGUCUGUGAGGAGCUCUACCUCCGUACCUCCGAUUAUAUGUCCGAAUGUCUGGAAGAGGUGGAGCCAAUCGUAAGUCCGAAUACGUCAACUAAUCUGGAGAACUCAAGUACAAGCUCGUCCUCCGCAUUCUCGGUAUCCCAUCUUCCACCGAUCAGUCUUCCACCGUUCGAUGGUAAAUUUGAGGAGUGGGAAAGCUUCCGCGAUCGAUUCACGUCGCUAAUCAUCCAGAACAAGGAGCUCAAGGAUUUCGCGCGUAUGCACUUUCUCACGUCCAGCUUAACGGGUCGCGCUCUCGAGUGUGUUCGCAAUCUACCGGUGACCGCGGACAAUUUUAAAAUCGCGUGGGACACGCUCAAAUCGCGAUUCGAGUGCAAGCGGAGGCUCAUUAACGUUCAUCUCACGUCGUUAUUGAAUUUGCCGGUCAUUCAACGCGAGUCCGCUCUGGACCUGCAAGGUCUUCGCGAUAAGACUAACGCCACGAGAGCAGCGCUCACCAACUUGAAACGCUCUCCCGAGGAGUUAUGGAACGACAUGCUCGUGUGUCUAGUGUCGCAAAAGUUGGAUCCUGUCACGCGAAAAGCGUGGAAGUUAAAAAUUAACGACGCCACUACGGUACCGUCAUACAAGUCAUUGGAUGACUUUCUUGACACGCGAGUUCGAGCACUCGAGGAAUGGAAGCCGCCCCUCUCGGCCCCGGAGAAAUCAACGAAAUCAUCGCACGCACAGAAAAUUACAAGCGCAACCGCUAACGCAAAAGCGCCAUUGCAAUGUUCAUUGUGCAAAUCCAAUCAUUUGCUUCAUGCAUGUCCGCAAUUUGCCAAGAAGAGUACGAGUCAGCGUCGCGAUUUCGUAAAACAGGACGGCUGUUGCUUUAAUUGCCUAAGCAAAGGUCACGCGAUUCAAACGUGUGCGAGUAAAUAUACUUGUCGGCAAUGUAAGAAAAAACGUCACACGUUGUUACACGAUGACUCGAGCUCUUCUUUUCAACUCGACGACGUGACGUCGUCGAGCCAAUCGGAAAAGUCCGCAGAAAUCAAAUCUGCGGAAGUAAAUUCGUUGUGCGCCUCCACAAGGCAACCUCGGCGAUCGCACGUACUGUUAGCUACCGCUCAAGUUACCGUCAGCGCGCCUUCCGGUCGCUCAGUAUCUGUAAGAGCCUUGCUCGACCAAGGGUCAGAAAUGACCUUCAUAACGGAAAAACUUGCGCAAAGUCUAUUGUUAAAGCGACUUCGAAUGCCGAUUUCAAUCUCCGCCGUCGGAGGCAUCAAAGUCGGCACAUGCCGGCACGCCGCGCAUAUGACGAUUUCGCCGCGGAACGCAUCUACGCCGAGGUUCUCGACGACCGCGUUAAUAUUGAACACACUAACGUCCUAUUCGCCAAAGCGCGUUCUCGCGGAUUCUGUGCUCAGCCAAUUUCGAGAUCUCUCGUGGGCUGACGAUGAUCCCAUGAGCUCAGAACCAAUAGACAUUCUACUGGGUGCCGAUCUAUAUGGGGACCUCAUUCUGGAGGGAAUUGCUAAAUCGACGGUCGGGCGGCCUAUCGCACAAAACACAGUUCUCGGGUGGGUCAUCUCAGGGCCUACUGCAGAUUCCGGCGCUUCAAUUCAUGCGCAUUCACUGUCGUCCGGAAGCGAUCGAGCCUGCGAUCAAAUUUCUUUCCUGCAUUGCUUCGGUGAUCAGUCGCUCGAUCGAGAGCUUCAAAAAUUCUGGGAAGUUGAGGAAAUCCCUCGCCGGGGUUUUAUGAGUCCCGAGGAUGAGAGGUGCGAAGAUCAUUUUCGCGCAACUCACUCUCGUCAGCCGGACGGCCGUUACGUUGUGCGGCUGCCGUUCAAAACAAAUCCGCCGAUAAACAUCGGCGAGUCGCGGUCUCGAGCGAAAAGCUGCCUCGCUCACUUAUUGCGGCGCCUUCAGGCCCGCUCGGAGCACAAGAAAGAAUAUUCGGAAUUCUUACAAGAAUAUCUAACUCUCGGUCACAUGCAGAACGCGGACCAUCUAACUUCACCAAACGCACAGUGCGUUUUUAUCCCUCACCAUCAUGUUAUUCGCGAAGAUAGUGCGACGACUCAUUUGAGAGUCGUAUUCAAUGCCUCGAGCCCGACCACAAACGGGUCUUCUCUAAACGACCACCUUUUGGCUGGUCCCAAACUUCAAAACGACUUGCCCUCCAUAAUUCUAAAGUGGCGACUCUUUCAGUACGUAUAUACCGCGGACAUUACUAAAAUGUAUCGCCAAAUUCGAGUCGAUACCCGCGACGUAGAUUACCAAAGGAUCCUCUGGACAACGAGCGAAUCCGACCAACCGAGUGAAUUUCGCCUUCUAACGAUCACGUACGGAACGGCAUGCGCCCCGUUUUUAGCGCUUCGCGUUUUAAAACAGUUGGUCGACGACGAAGGUCGUGACUUUCCUUUAGCGGUUAAUGUGUUACACGACCAAAUAUACGUGGAUGAUGUGCUGUUCGGCGAUAGCGAUCCUCAUCGUCUACGCCUCAUUCGCGACCAGCUCCGGGAGCUACUCCAACGCGGCGGGUUCGAAUUGCGCAAAUGGGCGAGUAAUACUCCGUCGCUAUUAUCGGAUAUCAGCCCGGACAAUCACGGCCUCGCCUGUCAGAAAACGUUGCAACCGGACAAAAAUUUAAAGGUGCUGGGGAUAGGGUGGACCCCGGCGUCUGAUGUAUUUCGUUAUACAGUCUCUCUCCCUCCCGUGAUACCGCGAUCCAAACGCCUAAUUCUUUCGACGAUCGCUAAACUAUUUGAUCCGCUGGGUUGGGUGACUCCAGUGACCAUAAAAGCAAAAAUUUUCCUGCAAUAUCUGUGGCGACUAAAGUUAAAUUGGGACGACGAACUUCCGACAGAACACGUUCCAAAGUGGACCGCGAUCUAUUCCCAGUUAACCGCGCUCAACAAGCUCGAUCUGCCGCGAUGGAUGGGAACCGACGCGCACGCUAGCCAGUAUGAGAUUCACGGAUUUUCAGAUGCCUCAUCUGCCGCCUACGCCGCGGUCGUCUAUCUGAAGACAAUAUCGGAUUCGGAUCAGACCAUGAUUUCGCUGGUUAUGGGGAAAUCCAAAGUCGCUCUUAUCAAACCGAUGAGCAUUCCUCGGCUCGAGUUAGCUGCCGCUGUCUUACUUUCCAAGUUAAUCCAAUAUGUGCAAAAGGCCCUUCAGAUCAGUACGAUCAAUUCUUAUUGUUGGACUCAUUCAACCGUUGUUCUCGCGUGGCUCCAACAGCACCCGUCAAGAUGGAAAACAUUUGUCGCCAACCGAGUCCACGAGAUUCAGUCAAAUCUCCCGACCACCAUGUGGCGUCACGUGCCUACACUCGAUAACCCAGCCGAUUGCGCUUCUCGCGGCGUGCUCGGGGACGACUUGGUAACGCACGCCUUAUGGUGGAACGGCCCACCGUGGUUAAAGCUUUCUUGUGACCACUGGCCUCCGCCCACAUGUGCUACUCAUUCUGACUCAGAGUUGGAGCAAAAAGUCACAAGUCACUCUGCUCAUCCAAAAUUCGAGUGGGAUCUUCAAGCUAAGUUCUCUUCAUGGCAUACUUUGAUUCGCGUGACUGCCUAUGUCAUGCGAUUCGUCACUCUCUGCCGCCGGAAAACCGAUCCUGUCACUCCUCGCCAAACCACCGGUAUCGCGCUCCACGCCGAUGAGUGUCAAGCGGCCAGAGUGUUUUGGUCCGCCAUAUUCAAACCGAUGUGUUUCUCAAAAAACUUAGAGCCCUGA